AUGGCGCCCGCCUCCACCAAGAAAGACACGAAGAAGCUCUUCGAGGUCCUUCCCCGAGGCGGCUUCAAUUGGCUGUCGAGCUCUAAGAAAUUCUACAUCUCCAACAACGAUGCCCAGAUCAUCGUCCGCGCGCUUCAGAAGAGCAGUCAUACCUUGAACAAGACUGUCGUUGGCAACAGAUUGGCGCUUUUCCUUGGGACCGCAACAAAGCACAUCGAUGACUGUGACUGUGCCAAGGUGUCGCCUCCCGAUUUCUGGGGCAUGGUUGGAGCGGAGGUUCCGUGGAUCAAGGGACAACUGGACGAUACCACCCUUCACCAGCUCGCCCUGAAGAUAUUCGCUGCCCGAGGCAAGGCUCGCAGCAACGCCAGCUUUUACAGAGACGACUUUGAACGAGAGGACUUGGCUCGAGAGGAACUUGGCGACUCCGAGUUGACCCGAGCUACCGACAGCUUCAGAACGGCCUUCCUCGAGAAGUAUGGAGUGAUGUCCGAGACCAGAGACGCGUACAUGCCUCGAUGGACGAAGGACUCCGACAACGAGGGAGACGAGGAGGCGACACGACUUCGAUUCCAAGAGAGACUAGCCGUAGCUGCAGCCAACCACGGACGACGACAAACAGACGACCAGGGCAAGACACUUGUAGCCAAUGCUGACGAUGUCGAGGACGAUGUCGAAGAAGAUGUUGUUAUGACAGAUGAUACUGUUAUGGAAGAUGUGCUCCACCCAGGUGUUGUCUUGGUGCCUGCGGAAUUACGGUAUACUCGGAUGUAA